UUUUAGGGAGAAUAAUUCUAAUAUAUGUGUAUGCAAUUCACCACAAAUUGUCAUUACUCAGUACCAGCUUAUGAUGAAUGAACUGAAUUAGCAGUUGGAUCUAGGAAUGGUAUUCAGUGUGUAGACAGUGGCACAGCUGUGGCACAGCCCCUCAGAGCGAGCAAUGGCCUUGGCACGAUCUGGAGGCCGCUGUGUGUGCAUGGUGUGAUCAUCACCAGGAGGUCAGUGAGGCCGGCGGCUGUGAUGCACUAGCUGUGAUGCCAGGAUGACCAUGCACUCGUGACUGGAUGCACGGGGGCUGAGGGCCAACCUGUGUGCGCCAAAGCAUGGGCUGGAAAGUGAUGUGCUGCACAAGCCAGUGCAGUAAUGACGCCUACCUCCUGGGCUGAGAAAUCUAAACAUUACGUGAGUUGAUAAAGAACGCCAUAGUUACAGAGCUGGAGCUUGGCACCGGUGCGUUGUGCCCAGUACAGGGAAGGUUGGCAGGGGCGAGGGCUUCAGGUAUCCUUGACUAGGGAAGCAGAAAGUGGGGUGAUGGAAUACCAGAAGCUAGAGUCCUAGAGUUGACCGUGCAGCCUUGAUGCGCCCAGUGUUUGCCCUGAGCUCCCUGCAGACUCAGCAGCUGCCUGCGAGAAGGGCCUUCCUAUGUUUGGCUGGAAUAAGAUGGCCUUUCCCCAGAUCCCUCUGGGUUCUCUCGAUCAUAGCAACAACAACAAGCUGGCUGAGCGCUUUGGGCCGGUGUUCACGCUGUACCUGGGCCCGCGGCGCACAGUGGUGCUGCAUGGCUACAAGGCGGUGAAGGAGGCACUGCUGGACCACAAGAAUGAGUUGUCAGGCAGAGGCGACAUCCCUGCAUUCCGGGAGUACAGGGACAAGGGAAUCAUCUUCAAUAAUGGACCCACCUGGAAAGAUGUCCGGCGGUUCUCCCUGACCACCCUUCGGGACUAUGGGAUGGGAAAAAAGGCCAAUGAGGAGCGGAUCCAGAAGGAGAUGCACUUCCUUCUGGCGGAGCUCAGGAAGACCCAGGGACAGCCAUUUGACCCCACCUUUCUCAUUGGCUGCGCACCCUUCAAUGUCAUAGCUGAUAUCCUCUUUCACAAGCAUUUUGACUACAAUGACAAGAUAUGUCAGAGGCUGAUGCAUUUAUUUAAUGAGAACUUCUACCUGCUAAGUACUACCUGGCUCGAGUUUUACAAUAAUUUUUCGAGCUACCUACACUACCUGCCUGGAAACCACAGAAAAGUGAUUAAAAAUGUUUCUGAAAUAAAAGAGUAUGUGACUGUUAAAGUGAAGGAGCACCAGCAAUCUUUGGACCCCAACUGUCCCCGGGAUUUCACUGACUGCCUGCUUGUGGAAAUGGAGAAGGAGAAGCACAGUGUGGAGCCCUUAUACACUCUGGACAAUAUUGCCGUGACUGUGGCUGACAUACUCUUUGCAGGGACAGAGACCACCAGCACCACUCUGAGAUACGGGCUCCUGAUUCUCAUGAAGUACCCUGAGAUUGAAGACAAAAUUCAUGAAGAAAUUGACAGAGUGAUUGGGCCCAGACGAACUCCUGCCACCAAGGACCGGCUGGAGAUGCCCUACACGGAUGCUGUGGUGCAUGAGAUUCAGCGGUUCAUCAACCUUGUGCCCAACAAUCUGCCCCAUGAAGCAACCCGAGACACCACAUUCAGAGGAUAUGUCAUCCCCAAGGGCACAAUCAUAAUACCUACUCUGAGCCCUAUUUUGUAUGACAGCCAAGAAUUCCCUGAUCCAGAGAAGUUUAAGCCAGAGCACUUUCUGGAUGAGCAAGGGAGGUUCAAGUACAGUGACUAUUUCAAGCCAUUUUCCACAGGGAAACGGGUGUGUGUUGGAGAAGGCCUGGCCCGUAUGGAAUUAUUUCUACUCUUGACUGCCAUUUUGCAGAAUUUUAAUUUGAGGCCUCUUGUGGACCCAAAGGAUAUCGACUUAAGCCCUAAGACAAUUGGGUUUGGCAGGAUCCCACCACACUACAAACUGUGUGUCAUUCCCCGUGCCUGAGUGUAGGGAAGAAUCACCUAGAGCGCCCCCCAACCCUGUCUCCUUGACUGCAGCCGUGGAAUCUUCCCAGAGCACCUCCAUGGCCACUGGGAGACUGCUAUUUCUACCUGGGGCAAUCUGGCCAGAGAUGAUACUUUCUAGGAUCCCAAUCUUCAGACAGAGUUUGAAAGCAAAAUCCAAAAGAGAUUUUGUUUAACUUAAUUAAACUAAGAAUUUGCUUGAGGCCAUGUCAAAUUCCUAGAAGCAUGGUAAUUAGGAAUCACUGUAAAUCAAACAGACCUUUUCUAAAAAAGAACUAUCAGGUCACCAGCACCAAUAUCUAUUAUAAAGUACGGGGUGGCCAUAAAGUUCAUGUGCAAUUAAAAUAGUGUGUAAUUUAGAAGUGCACAUGAGCUUAUGGCCACCUUGUAUUGACAAAGAGGAAUAGGAAUACUUUUUUCAAGACUGGAAUCAGCAGGAUUUAUUAAUCAUGUCAAACAUAUCCCCACCUAUCUUGCCUGCGGACACAAUUGUUUCUCAGCUGCCCUCUGACCAUCAUUUUGUGCUAUGUUUUAAGGAUAAAAUAUGUCUCAAAAGUCAACACAGUCAUCUCUUAUUACUAAAAUCUGACUUUGUAUCUGGAAGAAGAAAUUCUAGGCUUAGGGAGACACAUGGAAUGUGAUGGUGGUAGCCAAAAGUCUUCUUAGUGAACUAAACUGGACAUUGGAAAGAGAAGUGGAGUUUGGACUGACAGCCUUGUCCUCACUGGGCAAGCCAUCUGGACCCACAGUUCUCGUGCCUUGCCUGUGUCUGUAAUACUGAGACUACAGUUGUGGGGCAGAGUGUCCAGGCUUGAUGGAUUGGGCAUGCCAAACCUUCAGAACCAUUCCCAGCACACUGUGUUCCUUAAUAAAACCAGUGACAUUUUA